GUGAUGUUCCUGGGGAAAUCUUCAGGCUCAGACUGAGGCUGGAGGAUUUGCCUGUGCUGUCAGGGGCAGCUUUGCAGUUGUGCGAGUAAAAUAUUAAUGUUGCGGGUCCCUCCAGGCGAUGUGCAUAAGUGACGUAACAGGACAAGUGAUGGAAAGAGAGGCAAGUCGGCUGGAAAGAGAACAUGUCCAUAGUGUUUAUGAGAAGGUUGCGCCCUACUUCAGUGACAAACGCUACAAAGCCUGGCCCAAAGUUCAAGAAUUCCUUUUAGCUCAGGAGCCUGCAAGCCUAAUUGCUGAUAUAGGUUGUGGAAAUGGAAAGUAUCUUCACAUCAAUAGAGAGGCAUUUAAAGUGGGCUGUGACUAUUGCCUGCCAUUGGCAGAGGAUGCACGCACUCACGGCUAUCAAGUUAUGGUGUGUGAUGGACUCCGGCUGCCCUACCGUAAUGGCUGCUUUGAUGCCGUCCUUUCCAUAGGAGUAAUCCAUCAUUUCUCAACGAAAGACCGUCGCAUUCGAGCCAUUCGGGAGAUGAGCAGGAUUCUGAAGAUUGGUGGACAGAUCAUGAUAUACGUUUGGGCAAUGGAGCAGAAAAAAAGAAAAUUUGAGAAACAAGAUAUACUCGUUCCAUGGCAUCUGGAAGCUGUUUCACCCAACACCUCCUCAAGGAAACUAUCUGUGGAUCCAACUAGAAGUCCAAAGCAGGACUCUAUGGCUAAAGAUUUACAGCAGAGGACUAAAAGCGCCUCGUUUGGAGAGGAAAAGGCGCCUCGAAAUAUUCUUCGUUUCAGAUUGUUAUCAAAGUCCCUAGAUUCAGGCUUAGAUGUGAACAGCGAUGGAGUGAGCAAUAAUAGAAAAUCCAAACAGUCACCACCUAAAAGCUUUUUAAGUCGGCUUGGGAAUUUUUUACCAAAAUCAAUGCAAAAUUUUGAGAUGAAUGCAAUAAAAAUGACCGAAUCACUGCUGUUCCCACUGCACAACAUGAGCAUGAGUCGAGGUAAUGAGAAUGAGCAAAUGAAUAGUACAGAAGUGAUCAAGGACUAUAGUAAAGUUGCAUUACCAGAUAUGGUUUCUAGUCGUCAGGACCAAUCUAGAAACCAAAAUCUUAGUGUAAACCCUGCUGCUUCUUGUACAGAGGAAUCAGAGAACAAUGCCCGGCUGGAUCUUGACCAUCAUCUCGGCCCUUCAAACGGAAAAGGAGAAUGUUUUCGCUACUAUCACACCUUCAAAAAGGGCGAAUUGAUUGAACUCGUAGAAAAAUUCGUCCCCGAACUCCAUGUUGUGCAGACGUAUUUCGAUCAUUCCAACUGGUGUGUUAUUGCUGAGAAAAUUCACCACUGGAAAAUCUGAUCAUUUAUUUACAUUCGAUUUUACUGUAUUUAUUUUUUUUAGGUGCCGAUGGCCAGGUUGUGUUUUUAUAUUCCGGUUUUAAUUUAGUCUUUUUAAAAUAUUAUUGAAAAAUAAA